UCUACGUGUCGUCACGGAUCUCCACUGCUGAGGGAGGCGGGCUGUGUCGGGCUGAGGAGCCGCAGCCAGAGCGGCUGUGAUGCCUGCUUCGUGCUGCGCCAAUGUCGCUCGCUCCUCGGAAAAGGCUCGCAACAUAAAGGCCGCACUCACAGCUUUUACUCGGGGUUUUAUUCCGCGUUCACCGGGGAGCGAUAGGACAGCUCUUUGCCUGGUUAGCUAAGCCAGCGGCGGCCGUUAUGCAGGUGGUCGGGCGCCGAGGCGUCGAGCCCGCACACAAACCCUCCCCCCGUCCGGGGCAUGGCUCUGGCUCUGGGUCUGGUUCUGGUUCUGGCUCCGGCUCGGAUAAUGGAGAGAAGCGAAAGCACAGAAGAAGAGGGAGGAGGGGGAGAAGACGACGGGGCAAAAAAGCAAACGAGCCGCCGCCGUUUUUACCGCCGGAGGCGGAGGAGGGCAACAUUGAGUACAAGUUGAAGCUGGUGAACCCAACGCAGUACAGGUUCGAGCAUCUGGCCACGCAGCUGAAGUGGCGUCUGCAGGAGGGUCGUGGGGAGGCGGUCUAUCAGAUCGGGGUGGAGGACAACGGCCUGAUGGUGGGACUCACCGAGGAGGACAUGAAGGCCUCGCUGAAGACCCUGCGAAGGAUGGCUGAGAAGGUCGGUGCUGACAUCACGCUCUUGAGAGAGAGGGAGGUGGACUACGAGCUGGACCGAUCCCGUCGGAAAAUAGCCGAGGUCCUCGUGCGGAAAGUUCCCGAUGACCAGCAGUUUCUGGACCUGCGUGUGGCCGUGCUGGGCAACGUGGACUCAGGGAAGUCCACUCUCCUGGGCGUUCUGACCCAGGGCGAGCUGGAUAAUGGGCGUGGCCGAGCGAGACUCAACCUGUUUAGGCACCUUCACGAGAUUCAGACCGGCCGCACCUCCAGCAUCAGCUUCGAAAUCCUCGGCUUCAACAGCAAAGGAGAGGUGGUGAACUACAGUGAGUCCCGCACGGCUGAGGAAAUCUGUGAGAGUUCAUCUAAAAUGAUCACCUUUAUUGACCUGGCUGGUCACUAUAAGUACCUGAAGACCACCAUCUUUGGCCUGACCAGCUACUGCCCCGAUUUUGCCAUGUUGGUAGUGGGAGCCAACACAGGCAUCGCGGGCACCACACGGGAGCACCUGGGCCUGGCCAUGGCGCUGAAGGUGCCCAUCUUCAUUGUAGUGAGUAAAGUGGACUUGUGCAGCAGUGGGACGGUGGAGAAAACUGUCCGGCAACUGGAGAGAGUGCUCAAACAGCCCGGCUGCAACAAGGUGCCCAUGCUGGUCACCAGCCCUGAUGACGCUGUAACCGCCGCCCAGCAGUUUGCUCAGUCUGCAAGCAUCACUCCCAUCUUCACACUAUCCAGUGUGUCUGGGGAGAACCUGGACCUGCUGAAGGUCUUCUUCAACAUCCUGCCUCCACUCAGCAACAGCAAGGAGCAGGAGGAGCUCAUGCAGCAGCUCACAGAGUUCCAGGUUGAUGAGAUCUACAGCGUGCCAGACGUAGGAACAGUGGUUGGAGGAACCCUCUACAGUGGUGUAUGUCGUGAGGGGGACCGUCUUGUGGUCGGCCCCACAGACGAGGGGAAGUUUCUGCGGUUGAAGGUGUGCAGCAUGCAGAGGAACCGCUCGGCCUGCCGCGUGCUCAGAGCCGGACAGGCCGCGACACUCGCAUUGGGCAACUUUGAUCGCUCGCUGCUACGCAAGGGUAUGGUGAUGGUCAGUCCGAAGAUGAACCCCACCAUCUGCUGGCAGUUUGAGGCAGCCAUCGUCCUGCUCUUCCACGCCAAGACAUUCCGCCGUGGCUUCCAGGUCACGGUGCACGUGGGCAAUGUCCGGCAGACGGCCACGGUGGAGUGCCUACUGGGGAAGGAGGAGCUGCGGACGGGCGAGAGGGCCGUGGUGUGUUUCCGCUUCAUGAAGCACCCGGAGUACCUGCGUGUCGGAGCCAAGCUGCUGUUCCGAGAGGGCGUGACCAAAGGCAUCGGUCAUGUGACCCACCUGCUGCCCACGUCUCAGAACCACGGCCAGGACCAGAACCACAAACCCCACCAGAACCACAACUAGAGAGACGGCAGUACAGAGAGAGAGCGAGGGGGAGGAAAGACUGUGUAUGUGAGAGACGGUGGUUUGUGUAUGUGGCCUUUUCUUUUCCCACAGAUGAGCAAAAGGACAUUUUCGCACCUCAGUCACAGAUUCGGUGGCAUCGCCUGCCGCUUUGCUUUAGCUGGAAAGACGGAGAUGUUACGAGGAUGAAACGGUAUGACGUGUGUGAGAAGAGAAAUGAAGCUCAGAGAUUCUCUCUUA